AUGCGUUCCUGCCACGUCAUCAUCCAUCUCAGCUGGGAGGACAAGUUCCGGGAUACUACUUCCUUGCUUGAGACGAUUCUCUGCGCAUUUGCCCAAGACAGUAGGCCAAUCGAGAUUGUGGACUUUGCCGAGGCUUUGACCCCCGACAGUUUGCCAAUCAAAAUCGAAAUUUCCCAAUCCUUUGAACUGACAGAGCAAAACAAAAAUCACCUUAGGGGCCAGGCACAUGAUGUUGCUCGAAACUGGUUAUUCCGGUAUGCCUCGCACGGUGAGAUUCCUCCUGCUUUUGAGUUGGUCCACUGGUCUCGUCGAUAG